UUCCGCUCCACCUUCCUCAGCUCCUGCUUCUGGGGUGUGGCUUUGCUUUGCUGCAAACCCUAGAACUCGUACUACUUGGAGCUUGGAUUCUCCUUCCAAGCUUUUUUUGUUUUACUUGUUUCUCGACUUUUCUCUGCCGCGAACCCUAUGAAUUUCCCACCGUCGAAACCCUCUCCGACCACGAAAACGCUUAAUGCCGAAUGCACCAACUGUGGCUUCAGAAACCGUUCGCUUCUCCACCGCAUUCAGCUUCGCGGCAUCGAUCGCCGCCUCUGCACCUCUUGCGUCCUCCGCCUCCACCCUUCUUCCUUCUGCCCCUCUUGCUUCGAAUUUUUUGAUCAUCCUUUGUCUUCUACCUCCUCUGCCUCUGCCCAUCGCUUCCUCUCCUGCAUAAAAUGCUCCUCCCUCACUCACAUUCAGUGCCUCCCUUCUCCUCCUCCUUCCCAUUCCUCUUUCCUCUGUCCUCCCUGCUCCGUUCCCAACUUCUUCUUCUUCGAACCUGACAAACCUAACUCUGGUUCCACUGGAACCCGGCCCGUUCUUAAUAAAAAGCUUGUCCUGGUGCUUCUUUGCGCGGCCAAGAUCGCUUCUGCGUCCAUGAACAAGGCUGUGACCGUGGCCAGAGCUAAAGCCGAUAGGACUGUUAGGGAGGCUACCUUGGCUCGCAAGAGAGCUAAAGAGGCAUUGCAACAAUUCUCUGUAGUUCUCAAGGUUCGGCAUGUCGAGGGUUCCGUGCAUGUUGCUGGGUCUAGGAACUUGGGAACGAGGGAUACAGGUAACACUCUGAAGGUUGCUAAUCCUGGACCAAAUUUUAACGAUAAAAAAUAAGAUUUUAGUGGUUGUACAAGAUUCCAGAAGGCGCCCUCGUUGUCGCCCCAGAAUGUAUCAUCUGUGACUGCAAAAGAGGCUGAUCAGAAAAAUGUGGCUCAUGUUUCUUUUGGAAGCAUUGGAACGACUACUGGGGAGGAUGAGUCUAAAAAUGAUGGCAAAUUAGAUAAUAAUGAACGUUUACAGAGCGGCCAUGGCACGAUGGUUGAUGUUACUUGUGGAUGAACUUUAUUUGUUGUCUGAGGAAGGAAUUCAAACUAAUCAAGGUAAGAGAGGAUUCAUUAUCUCCAUGUAGUCCCAUGCUCGGAGUUAUUUGGUGAGGAUUAUCAUAAUGUGCUAGUGAUGGAUUCCAAUUACUCGGCAGCAAUUACUGUUUGCACCUUGUAAUUUAGCGAGGAUAAGAUGCCAAUCCAUCUUUAUUCCCUUGUAUCUUAUGGACAGGAUUAAGGAGGUAGGAGGCUUGGGAUAGAGGUCCCACAUUUACUAUGUAUUGGUUAUCAGGAAAGCGUAAAUCACAAUGAUUUUUUCAGGUAAAAAAAAAAAAAUCACAAUGAUUUUGGGUAA